UCUCUCUCUCCCCAUUUCUCCUGCGUGGACGUACGUUCGUUUUAUUAUUUUUUUCCCUCCUCGUCCUCCGAAUCGCACGCAUGCGCGGAGGCGCGCGGGGCCUGCCUGGUAUUGUCCCGCGCGCGCGCGCGCGCCCGCCCAAAGCAAAUGGAGAAUCCCGGCCCGCCCUGAGGUAGUUUUUUUUUUUUGGCGCCAGUAAUGGCGGCCGCUGAAGCGGCUGAGGCGACCUUCCGUCAUCGCCUGGCUUCUUCCCGGGCCCGCCAAGCCGUCCUUUGGACCCGGGCACGGAGCCUUUGCCGUCGGCUCCGGGCUCUGCAAGGCCGGCAGGUGGAACGGCACGUCCGGCACCAGCUGAACGGCUUGGUGACGGGCCGAAGCCGGACGCGGCCUGGUCGGAACGUAGGCGCCGACGGGGCCGAGCUGAGGCGGCUGGCGGCCGAGGCUCAAGCCCGGCUCCGGGCGGCCCAACGGGGCUGCGACUCCGACGCCACAGAGAGCGCCUCGGCCGCCUCUUCCUCGUCGUCCUCGGCCUCUUCUUCCUCCGGCUCCUCGCUCGGGAUCUCUUCGUCCUCGUCGUCUUCGUCUUCGUCCUCCGCCUCGGCCGCCUCCUCUUCCUCAGACAGCGAAGGCCCCGAGCCGGGCCCCGGGCCCCGAUGCAGCACCGGGGUGGGGCACCGGCUGGCACAGCGCCAGUGGGCGAUGGAGAGAGCGGCCAUCAUCUGUCGCUGGACGUGGCUGCAAGCUCAGGUGUUGGACCUGGAGUAUCGGAUAAGGCAGCAGACUGACGUUUACAAGCAGCUCCGUGCCAACAAGGGCCCAGUUAUCCUGGGCAACCUCCAGCAAGAAGAUGGGCUCAAGCCGCCAAGCCGCCUGGCCUCCCCUGCAGGGGGGAUGAACUCCAGGAAAACCCCGGCCCUGCCUCCCUCCUCCCCCCACCUGAAGGUGCCCACUGGACUAUCGCCUUGUAUCCCUUCUUAUCUCCUCCAAAAUGCGGAAAAACAGAAUUCUCACCUCGCCCAGUCCUUAAGGAACCUGGUCUGUCAAAAUCCCUCCUGCGCCCGCAUCAAUGGUUCUCCAGAGCCCCCCAAAGCCUGCCCGUCCCCCCAUCAAGUCAACGGAAUCAGCAACUGCUUGAGCACCUGCGCCACCAGUGGCAGCUCUGCCGAAGGGCCGGCCUCCGAGAGGCACCUCAAGAAACCCCCACCGGCAAACCACAGCCUCCCCGGUGUGGCCUCGGCCCUGGACAACAGCUGCGUGGCAGCUCGGAUCCGUCCCAUCUGCAGGUACAAGAAGCGCCGGCUGGUGAGACUCGGCUCUAUCGCUCACCUGAACCGAAAGCCGCCGAAGCCUCUCAGCCUGAAGUGCACCUGUGAGCAGCCCAACUCCUGCAUUUUGUGCAACUUCAAGGCCUCACUGCCCCCCCUCGACCCAGAGGCCAUGUCCCUGGAGGAGCGCAUCGCGCUGCUGGACUCCAGCUUCCACCCCAUCCUCUCCUUCCCACACGGCAACCCUCUGCAUUUACACUUUGAGGCCUUGCUCCGAGAAGACCACUGGCGCACCCCCAAACCCGACUUUCCGAAGCCGCCCCAUGGCAGUUUGAAAGACUUAACCAACAAUGUUGGCUCCCCAUCACUUACCGCUCCGGGUACUCUGUUGAAAGGAUUGGCCGGCUUUGGGCUUUGCGCCCGGCGCCCCGUGCCCAACAAACCGGGUGCUUUGCUCUCAGCGCCGCCUCUGUGCCUCGAAAACUCUCCUGUUCUGCAUGCCAAUCACGUGCCCCCUCAUCCUGCCACAGCCAGCAGCAGCAGCAGCUCCGCGUUGGUAAGUGAGCCGGAAAAGGGCCAUGUGGAAGAGGCAGCCCACAACACCAUAGUUGUUGUUCUCCUCCUCCUCCUGUCUCCUCCUCCUUAUCAUCUACCCCCUGAUGACGUUCCCUAG